UUAUGCAAAUAUUACAGGAGACGACGUAGAGAAGCCCCCAAGUCUGAUGGUCAAGAUCUUCAAAUAGAAAGUAGAAUAUUCCAACCAGAUAGCAGGGAGGCACAGAAUAACGUGGUGUUUGAAGACGACAGCGAUGAUCAGGAAGACGAGCCACAGGAUGACGUCAAUCCUUACGUUAACGCGGACGUCGUUCCCACCAUAGUGUCUGUCGAGGAGUUCCCAGACUACUUCGUGAGGAGGAAUGCCGGGAAAGGAUUCAAGAAAGAAUUUGCGACAUUCCUGGUGGGCUUGCAGGCAAAACACACCGCGGCGGACAAACCCAAGAACAAAGCGAAAAACCGCUAUCGGAGCCUUGUGGCGUAUGACCAUUCCAGGGUUUUAUUGUCCGUGACAGAUGACCAGGACACGGACUACAUCAAUGCUUGUUACAUCAGUGGUUACAACGAACCAAAGAAAUAUAUUGCAUCGCAAGGCCCUAAUGGCGUCAUCCUGAACGACUUUCUGCGCAUGAUCUGGGAACAGAAAUCUGGGAAGAUCGUCAUGGUGACCAACCUAGUAGAGACAACAAAGAGAAAGUGCUGUCAAUACUGGCCUGAUGAAGGAUCAGAGAUUUUUGGCCUGAUCACAGUGACAUUACUGGAUGAGGAGAAUUACGCGGAUUUCACCGUGAGAACUCUGCAACUGACACAUAUUAAAAGAAAGACGGAAAGCUAUACUGUCAAACAGUUCCACUUUACGGCCUGGCCCGAUCACGGUACACCUGCGCACGCUGCAGCGCUGCUGGACUUCCGGGACAAAGUUAACGGUUAUCAGACACCUCUGAGUGGACCAGUCGUCGUACACUGCAGUGCCGGUGUCGGGCGUACGGGAACAUAUAUAGCUCUGGAUUACCUAAUCGCCCAGGCUCAUGACGAGGGGGUGGUAGAUGUGCCUGCCUGUGUCAGGCAACUCCGGGAACAGCGAGUUAACAUGGUUCAGACUCUGGAGCAGUACAAAUUCCUUCACGAAGCCCUAGCCGAAGCUUUGAAGCUUAGAAGUAGCAGUGUUCCUGGUGCGGAAUUCCCUCGUGUUUUUGCCGAUCUGUGUAACUCUGACCCAGAGACCGGCAUGACCAAGAUGGUGGGACAUUUUCAGUCUCUCCAGAGGCUGACAGCUCCCCUGGAUAAAGCUGUUCUCACCGCGGCACGUCAUCCGGACAACGUCUCCAAAAACAGAUCAGACAGAAUCCUGGCAGCGGACACAUGCAGACCGUACCUGUCCACACCUGUACCUAACGGGAAUAACUACAUCAAUGCUGUGUACCUGCCAGCAUUAAAAUCCAAGAGGGGUCUAAUCAUCACUCAGACUCCUCUACCCGACACAGUCCUGGAUUUCUGGCGACUGGUGUAUGACCACGACAUAACUGUCAUCGUCAUGAUAGACUUGGUAGAGCCAGAUGAUACGGACUUUGGAGUAUACUGGCCAGCGGAAGGAAAACUAUUUGACCCAUUUGUGGUGCAGGUCAAGGACAAAGAAGAGUUUGAGGGUUUUACUGUGUGGACGUACCAUUUAUCUCACAAGGACGCGAACGCAGCCCACCCUAUUAAGCAGUUCCGGUGUAAGUUUUGGGCUGGGGAUCCAACCCCCUCCUCGAUACCCUCACUUCUGUCCGUUAUUGAGACCGCAACCAAGUGGCAACAAAAGACAAGCAACGCACCAGUUUUGGUACACUGUAGAGACGGCGUUACGAAAAGCGGUCUGUACUGUGUGGCCACGUCGGUGAUAGAGAGACUGAUGAUGGACCAGGAAGUGAACAUCAUCCACACGGUGAAACAGAUGAGGGCCAGCAGGCCACAAAUCAUUACAGACCUGAAUCAGUUCCAGUUCCUGCAUCAUGUGGCUUUGAGGUAUCUGGAGACCACCCACACAUACGCUAACUUUGUGUAAAAAUCAUAUUCGUCCCAUUCUCACCGUAGUAUGGGAUACAACAUUACCUGUGGCUUAUAUAUUUCCAGCCGUUGCUAAUCUUUGGAUCUGAAAGUGGAAACCAAGAAUCUACAUGUAAUUAGCAAUGGCCUAGAAUUACUUUUAUACCAUAACCAUAAUUAUACCUAUAUACUUAUAUAUAGCAUACAGUUUUUUUUUCUUGAACGUGUGUGGUUUUAUUGUAAUCUUUGUUAUGUAACAAUUUGUUCUAUUGGUUAACAGCGUGUUUAGCUCAUACCAGAAAUACAUGUAAAUGGAUAGAAACUGAUGUAUACCACUGCUCCGUGGCCAUAUGGUGGUUCGCAUGUAUACCUUCCCUCUACUGUGUGAAACAAUGCGAGUUCUGAAGAACUAUAGUAAACGAUUUUUCGUCUCCAAGUCACUGUCAACCAUGGACAGUCUUGGGCCGUGACAGUAAGCGUGACAUACUCCUGUGUAUAUGUAUGUACGUCAGGUAAUUUCGGUCUCUGUCCGGCCGUAUACGGGGGAAGGUCUGGCAACAACCUGCGCAUGAUCGUAGCUUUCCACCGGGCUCUGCCUGGUUUUGUCCCAUCAUAAUGCGGGCCGCCGUCGUAUAUGUAAAAUAUUCUUAGCUACGACGUAAAAUACCAAAUCGUCAUUAUUUUCUAUAUUGUUACUGAACGAUUUUCUGGCGUCGUAUGUAUUCUGGACAAGCUAUCCCUAUAUGGUAUUAAAGGGGAAUAAUAUAAUACAUAAUAAAUAUUUUCACAUAAUCCAGUUUUAUUAAUGUGUACAUUUUUGCGCACCAUUUUGUCAUGAUGACAACUCUUGUAUUAUACGCUUCUGUGUUUACUACAUUGUCACGUUUACAUCACCUCUCGAAAUAAAACAGGGCUUUUGUUUUGCUUGAGCUUUAACUUUUCUCCUCUUUUGAUUACAUACUAUGUGCUUAUUUGGAUAGUUCUGUUGAUGUCAGACAAAAUUAUAUCGCCUGAUAAGAAAAGGUCCUCUCAGUCUGAUACAUGAUGAGACAUCGUCUCAUGUGUUGGCCCUACAUAAUGAGGAAUAUGGCGUUUAACAUUAGCCAAAUAAAUGAAUAUUUACGAUAUUUGAUACAGACAUCGUUUUAGGAGUAGAAAAUGUCCUCCUUGCAUACACAAUGAAUAUAGGUGUCUUCCCCCUCACAUUGUCAUCAAAGCCUAAUGAACAUACAGUUCGACUGACAUGACAAUCUGGACACGUUACCUAGUCGACGGGCCGAUUCCACACAUCCAUUUCUGAUUCAAAUCAAAUUUUGAAUCACAAUUGUAAACCUUAUUUUGGGGCUUUAGUAAUUUUGUUCACCUGAACAAUGUUACUUUAAGAUAAAUGUUUCCAAAUUUCAACUUACAGCACCUAAAACUAAGCAUCGUAAUUUUUUUUUGAAUUCUGACUUUAGUCAGAAAUGGCUGUGUGGAAUCGGCCUCAGAUCGCCUAGCCCUCAGUUAUAAACUAUAUUUUGACCAAUAAGAGUAUGUAUAAACAGAUGUACGGAGACUACCAUAUUAAUAAUUUGUGAGCUAUGGAGAGAGCAUCCUAAUAGUUGCAAACAGGAAUUCCAGUUCAGCAUUAUAUGAUCUAGCCCCUGGUAAUCUCGAUGUUCUAACGUUAUUUGUGCGAGAAAACGUGCAGGCUGCUUAUAGUUGUUCGCGGCGUUUCGAUGCCUUUAGUAGGAAUAAACGUGCAUGUUUGUCACUUGGUUUUUAUGCUGAGUUACGUAGACCUACUUUGCAAAUUACCAUAUUUCAGAUACCAAUUUUCAUACCGAUAUGUUUGCUUUUCUCAGAGAUUAAAAUGUCCUACCAAUAAAAUUCCAGUGCGGUAAGAUUUAACAGUCGACACCGAUAAAGGACCGCUUGCAAUUGGAUAGGAAAUCGUCCCA